AGAUAUUUCAGUGGGUUCAUAGAUCUGCCUCAGGCUCUUUCAGUCUUCUUUGUAAGGUGCUGGGGUAUGAUGAUGUUGAGCCACACCCAUUUUCACAAAGCACCAUUGAUGAUCCUAAUUUGCACUAAAUCGAGACUGGGCCUUGUCCAUGUUGUGUGUAGGGCUGAAUGGCUGAAUGACUGAAUGGCUGAUUCUGAGCUGAUGAGACUGGGCCUUGUCCAUGUUGUGUGUAGGGCUGAAUGGCUGAAUGGCUGAAUGGCUGAUUCUGAGCUGAUGAGACAGGGUCUUGUCUGUGUUGUGUGCGGGGCGGGGCGGAGAGGAGCUCUGUGUGGGUUUCUAUGGGUGGGAGGAGCAGCCAGCUUGAUCAUUGCUCUUCUGCUUCAGAGGCAAGACACCAGGCUGUUUGUGGUGGUGACCUCGCUGCUGGGAAAGGCAGCCAUCAGCUCGGCUUACAGCAUCCUGUUUAUUAUCACGUCUGAGCUCUACCCCACUGUCCUCAGGAACACCAGGAUGGGUGUGUGCUCCAUGGCCUCCCGAAUUGGGGGACUCCUCGCACCCUUUGUCCCAUCUCUGAAGAGUGUGCAUCUGGUUCUGCCGUUUGUGGUGUUCGGUGCUGCUGCGGUCUCUUCGGGCAUGCUCAAUCUGGUCCUUCCUGAGACUCUUCACCAGACGCUGCCAGACGGCCUAUCAGACCUGCACAUUACUUCUGGGAAUGUGGCCUACAACAAACUAGAGGUCAGAGUUGAGACCCUGCCGCAAGUAGGCAAUGACAGUGUGAGUACCAGAGCCAAUCAGAAAUCAGCAUCACAUCACAUGGGCAGUACCAUAUCAAAAUGAAAACCAUGAAAGUUGAUGUCAUUGGUGUGGCUGAGGAGACGGCCCUCAUGGGGAAUCACACUAUCAACUGAUAUCACUCUGUGCUGCUGAAUCACUAUCAGCUGAUAUCACUCUGUGCUGCUGAAUCACACUAUUAACUGAUAUCACUCUGUGCUGCUGAAUCACACUAUGGGCUGAUAUCACUCUGUGCUGUUAAAUCACACUAUCAGCUGAUAUCACUCUGUGCUGUUAAAUCACACUAUCAGCUGAUAUCACUCUGUGCUACUGAAUCACACUAUCAGCUGACAUCACUAUGUGCUGCUAAAUCACACUAUCAGCUGAUAUCACUGCUGCUGAAUCACACUAUCAGCUGAUAUCACUGUGCUGCUAAAUCACCCUAUCAGCUGAUAUCACUCUGUGCUGCUAAAUCACUGUCAGCUGAUAUCACUGUGCUGCUGAAUCACACUAUCAGUUGAUAUCACUGUGCUGCUGAAUCACACUAUCAGCUGAUAUCACUGUGCUGCUGAAUCACACUAUCAGCUGAUAUCACUGUGCUGCUAAAUCACUAUCAGCUGAUAUCACUGUGCUGCUGAAUCACACUAUCAGCUGAUAUCACUCUGUGCUGCUAAAUCACUAUCAACUGAUAUCACUGUGCUGCUAAAUCACACUAUCAGCUGAUAUCACUGUAGUGCAUUGUUGAAUUCCCCUGCAGGGUUAAAUGUGGUCAGAUCUACCUUUAACCCCCUACAGCGAAACUCAGAGGUGCUGGUAAGAGCACUUAUUGUAAAAUUGGGAGAUGGUUGUGACGUCCCGUGGAUGCCUGGUCCAGUGCUCACACCCAGAACCCCCUGGCCAUCCUAAUUCUACCUAACCCCGAUGGGACGUCCCACCACCACACACCCCAGGUCCUGCUCAGCCGAGGCUGGAACCUGCGAGCGUGAGGACCAGCUGAUCUGGUGCCCAGGUGGGCCCAGGUUAAAGGCGUGGCUUUAGUACUCUAUGCACGACUGAAGUGUCUUUACUGAACUGUUACAGCACAUUUCUGUGCUGUGGAAUAAGCCUGUUACAGUGAUUUGAAGAUGGUGUGGUGUGCCACAUUAUUUUUGUAUCUUGAAUAGAGAUAAAGAGCUUAUUGGAAAAGACUUUGCAGAGUGGCCUGUCCUCAUGUUAAAGUUCUCUUAUAUAUUAUAGUUCUCUUACUGAAUGAUUGGCAGAAGUCCUGUAAAUCCUGUUGCCCUGGAGACCCUGGGAAUUUUGUAAAAUGGAUGCUGUGUAAUUGGUGGCGGUUUUGGAAAAUGGAUGCCGUGUUACUGGUGGCGGUUUUGUAAAAUGGAUGCUGUGUUAUUGGUGGCGGUUGUGUAAAAUGGAUACUGUGUUAUUGAUGGGAGUUUUGUAAAAUGUAUGCUGUGUUAUUGGUGGCGGUUUUGUAACAUGGAUGCUGUGUUAUUGGUGGCGAUUUUGUAAAAUGGAUGCUGUGUUAUUGGUGGCGGUUUUAUAAAAUGGAUGCUGUGUUAUUGGUGGGAGUUCUGUAAAAUGGAUGCUGUGUUAUUGGUGGGAGUUUUGUAAAAUGGAUACUGUGUUAUGAUGGCAGUUUUGUACAAUGGAUGCUGUGUUAUUGGUGGCGAUUUUGUAACAUGGAUGCUGUGUUAUUGGUGGCGAUUUUGUAAAAUGGAUGCUGUGUUAUUGAUGGGAGUUUUGUAAAAUGGAUGCUGCGUUAUUGGAGGGAGUUUUGUAAAAUGGAUGCUGUGUUAUUGGUGGGAGUUUUGUAAAAAUGGAUGCUGUGUUAUUGAUGGGAGUUUUGUAAAAUGGAUGCUGUGUUAUUGGUGGGAGUUUUGUAAAAUGGAUGCUGUGUUAUUGAUGGGAGUUUUGUAAAAUGGAUGCUGUGUUAUUGAUGGGAGUUUUGUAAAAUGGAUGCUGUGUUAUUGGUGGUGAUUUUGUAAAAUGGAUGCUGUGUUACUGAAGUUUGUCAGACAAGCGAGGAUUAAUUAAAAAUGUUUAUUUUCUGAAUCCAGUGGUUCCAACAGUCAAUGCCCUGGCUAAAAUGUUCAGCACUCUGAAUACUGAACACAAGUGUUAUUGCGUGCUAGAACCCCACACUUCACCUAAGCAUAAUAUAUAUUUUAUGUGAUUUUAUUUAAUAUUUGUUGAAAAUGACCACUAUCAAUAAAUUGCCAGAUUCAUUCAUAGGUCAGUCUACAGUAAACUGGUGGAAUCAAUCGACAAGCCAAAACAAACUCUAUGCCAGGUCUUGAGAUUAAAUAAAUGAAUUCAAUAAGAAUGAAUGAAUGAAUGAAUGAACUUUAUUUAUAUAGCACCUUUCAUGCACUGAAUGCAGCUCAAAGUGCUGUACAAUUCAGCAGCAAAAGCAAAAACACCAAAAACACAACUUUAAAACCAUACACAUACACAAGAAGCAUUCAAUUAGCAUAAUGAACUGGAAUCCUACAUUGUUUACUGAAUGCAGGCUCACUACUUCUAAAUUGCAAAAAAAAAAAAAAAAAAUACAUCAACCAAAACAUUAAACAAUUUAUUUGAAAA